AUGAACCUCCAGGGAUCCUUCCACGCGUUGGUGGACGAGUUAUGCAGUAAUGGCGCGUCGAAUCGCUCAGAUCUGGAUGUACUAGAUGACUUGAAUCGAGUUGCAUAUCCCAUUAAUGACAGAGAUUGGAAGAAUGGGGAUGUUAGUAAGCUCGUAAAAUGGAUUCAAAAGUACCGCCCCGAACCUCAGGCUCUGAAAUUCUGCAACAUCUUGUUCAAGCUCUACAGUCGACAGCCUAGAAAAGCUGUCAACUUGGGUGAAUCUGUGGUCGUGUCAGCAUUCACUAUAUUUGUCUUAGAUACGCUGAAGAAGGUCUCUGAUCUGGAGAAGAUAGACGUACUCAGAGCACUCGGGACUCUGCUUUUCGAGAACGGCCCGAGUUUGCAAGACUCGUUGCAAAGACAAGUCGUGGACGCACUCAUCCCUCUAGCUACUCAUUCGGAUACGGGAUCUACAUCAUCUGGAUUGCCGGCACCAUCAGCAUCAGCAGAGAUCAGGAGAACAGCGCUAGUGUGUCUCGGACAUUUGUGCGUCAAGCUUGGACCUAAAGCUCCUUUUUAUGAUGAAAUCGCGACAAAUGCUCUCCGUGCUCUUCAGCUCGUUCUAACUGAGAGUAGCAGUGCAGUGGCGAGUGCGGUGGAGCCUCUUGUUACGCUUUUAUGUAUGGUUGCUCUCGCGACAGAGUCACAGUCAGCCAUCCAAUCCGCCACUACAGCUCGAAAUCCAAGAACUGUACCAGUUACGACCUCAGAUUCUGAGAUGUCAGAUUCUGAGUUUGGGUCAACUAGAACGUCGAAGAACCCGGGCCGUCUCGAAAUGAAUGCACUACAAUGUCUCCAUACUGCCAUCAAGCAAUCUCCAAAGCUCUUUCACUCUUCAUGGUCUCGACUUCUCCCGGACGGUCCAGAAACUAGUUCAGCUGUGACAUUAUGUUCUAUAGCACGGCAUCACCCACAGUCCCGAGUGAGGUUGGCCGUAUAUCAAGUUGUUGGAGCUCUUUUCGAUGGAGCCAAACAAUAUCUUUCAAUCGCUGAUGUUUCUUCUGCCAACAAGUCUUUUACGUCUCUGGCUGAACGACUCGGUCGGCAAUUGACUGGCACGUACUUUCAAUUGCUGAGUGCUAUACCGCAAGAGCCUGAUAUGGUUGUUCUAGUCCACUUGCUGAAGGCCCUGUCUGUAUUGAUACGAAAUACAACAUUUAAGAAUCUACCGUCUGAUUUGCCGCUCUGGAUUCUUUCGCUGAUGUAUCCUCGAGCUCAAGAUGGAAGUGAUACGACGACACAAGUCGCUGCUUUGGAAGUGAUCACUGUACUUGUGGAAUCUGGAUUCAAGACCUCAUCUAUGGAUGCUUUGUCAAAGCAAAAGACGGGCUUCUCAUUAUCCUGCAUCUUGGAUUUAUUCGAGUCGGAGUCGCUGCCGGCGAGGAUUGCAGCCUUCGAUUGUGUUGCUGCGUUUGCCAAGAAUGAUAUUGUUACCAUGAACGAAUUCUGGGAUGAAAUAAUUUUAAAAAUAAGCAAGAAUAUCAAUGACGAGAACCCUACUCUCCGAGCAGCAAGCUACAAAGUAUUUGAACAGUAUUUACAAGCUGGCAGCUCUUCUUCUGCCCCAGACGAAGACGACAUACAAGUGCAAACCUCGUCAGAAAGCACCCUCAUACCAUCACCACGUUAUACCCAAGUCCUCAACACAUAUGUUAUCCCUGGAUUCGCUGAUGCCUCAUACGUUGUCAGAUCAUUAUGCUGUGAUUGUGUCUCACACAUCCCAUCAGAUGUGUUUAAUGUCAUGACAGUCCCUGAGCGAUAUGGGCUAGUGACUAUUGUAUUGGGCAUGAUGAAUGGCGAAGAGGACGUGAAUGUCCGGAUCGCUGCUUGUAGAACUGCUGGUGUCUUUGUGACGUUCCCGAUACUUCAGCAGGACGCCUUAUUCAUGAUGGAUGUAGCAAUGACGUUGAAACCAAACGUGUCUGAUCAGGGCGUUGGUGUUCGGUCAAAAGCUAGUUGGGCUUUAGCGAAUAUGACUGAUGCUCUUGUUUCCACCAGGAUCUCCAACACUGAUCUCUCUGAAGUGCUUACAGACUCUGUGUUGGUGGAUUUGAUAGAGACAGCGCUGCUUGCGGCAAGGGAUAACGACAAGUGUCGAUCGAAUGGAGUUCGCGCAUUAGGCAAUCUCAUUCGAAUAUCGAAUGAAAGUUUCUUGAAUCGCGAAUGUGAACGUAAAGUCAAGGAUGUGGUUAACGCCCUGAUCAAGAACAUGACGAGUGGUGCUAUGAAGACACGAUGGAAUUCAUGUCAUGCGGUUGCAAACAUGUUUUCGAACCCUUCGCUGCCCAGUGAAGGUGCAGCUUGGAUUCGGCCUUUAAUAGAAGCGCUGAUGCAAGCUGUAUCCUCAUGCAAGAACUUUAAAGUUCGAAUCAAUGCAGCAUCAGCACUAGCAUCACCAAUGUCAAUCACCAAGUAUGGUGGUGUUGAAAUGGUGACGCGUGUAGCUGAAGUGUUGAAUGCAGCUGUGAGGGAUAUUGAUGCUGGAGAGACUACCUUUGGAGAGUAUCGGUACCGUGAACAGUUACUUACUCAGAUCAAUGCUACGUCUCAGCACCUAUCAGAACUAGCUGCUCGAGAAGGAGAUCAGCGACUGAGAGGUGUUUUGAACGAGCUAUGGUGCUCAAUGUAA